AUGGAGUCCAACAAUAUGACCACCCUGCCAAACGCCUCAAACACAGAGCAAGGCCAUUGCAAGGGACACUGCAGGAUGAUUUUGAUAACACUCUACAGCAUGGUUUUGCUUGGAGGCACCAUGGGGACAGUACUGAUGUCACGUAUGAUGUGCAAAAGGAAAAGCCAAUCCAUGAUUGCCAUGAUCAUUCUCAAUAUCAUAGUGCUACACUCAGUUCUCCUGAUCAGCCUCCCGUUUCGCCUCAGCUAUUAUAUCUUAGGGGUGUGGGAGUUCGGAUCCUUUCUCUGCCGACUGGUCAGCAGCAUAAUAUACGGUCAUAUGUACUUCACCUUUGUUUUCUAUGUGGCCAUUGUCAUACUCCGAUUGCUCGUCUAUUUUAAGACACUCCAAAUGCAAAAGUUGCAAAAAUACCACAUGGUAGUAUUAAGCAUUGUUAUUUGGACCAUGGGCAGCCUUGUUUUUUGGCCAAUAUUACUUUUACAAUAUGGCAUACAUCCAAGCUACUCAGAAAAACCACGGUGCUUUGAGUUCUACAAAGAUCUCAACCGGGGGGAACUCAUUAUCUUGAACUACUCUAUGAUUGUCAUUAUGAUCUCAACAGUUGUUAUACUCUUUCUGAUAGAGAUGGGUGUCAUCGUUCAACUGAUAAAAGCUCUCUGGCCUGACAUGUGGGCACAUCAAGACUAUAGAGCUCAAAUCAAGAGCUUCUUCUUCCUCCUAGUAAUAGUGGUCUGUUUUAUACCCCAUCACGUAUUCCGGGUACAUUUUAUUCAAAAUUACUCAGAGAUAGACAAUUCUGAGUUAGUUCUUUAUAAUGAAAUUUUUGUUGCUUUGACUACUGUCUGUUGCCUGGAUAUGGUGUGUUUCAUAGGUGGGGUUAUCCAUUAA